CUUUAACCUUGAAGAGGAUUGCGAGGGGCCCACAAGGAGAGAGAUACCAAGGCAAGCUCGGACUAUCGAUCUAUUCCGUGCCACUGGACCCACGAAAAAAAAACCUGAUUGUAAGUUGUCCCCACGCUCUCGUUGCUUGGGUCUGGAGCAUUGCCCGUCCGCAUGCGGCCCACGUCCGGUCUCCUUCAGUACAUUCUGCCAUGGUCAAAGGUGAUGCUGAUGAGACUGAAUUCUGCGACAAAUUGACACCUGUCCAAUCCACCUGCAACCUCGUUGUCUCGUCUCACUUCCAUCUCGAACAAUCCUUUUUCCCUUUUUUGGCCCUCCUGCGUUGGACGGGAUGUCUUAUCGAUCUCGACCAUCCAACAACGCCGACAACAGUAGUAGUAGCAACAGCAGCCAGCAACAUAUCACCAGCUCGAGCAGCGUCGACAUUCACAGCAGUGGUGGCGCCGGCGGCAGCACCUUUGCUUUGUCUCAGCCAGUGCAAUUGAGCCAUCCUUUGAGACCUGCAUCUCAGCUUGCCAAAAUCGGUCUUGGCUCCUCUCACUCAUCCUCGUCAAACGCCACUCCACCGCCGUCUACCUACGCCCACACUCUUGGCAGCAGCAUGGCCUCGGCCAUCCAUCCGGGAUCCGCUGUUGCACUUCAGGCCGUUGGAGGCUCAUCGUCGUCUUCGUCGCCCGCACCAGGACAGGGGACAGGACAUGGUCCUGUUGAUGCAAUUGGGAUGCCGAAUACCUUCGCAUACACCCACCGUCGCAAUGAGACGGCGCCAGCUCACUUUGAUUUUGGGUCCGAGCAUCACGCUCUAGGUGCGCCCAGAACCGGCAGCGGCAGCGGCAGCGGGCCCUUGCGCAUCCACCAGGUUUUUCCCGAUGCAGGCGAGCCUGGCGUGCCUGUGACGAUCCUUGUCUCCGUUCGAGCCAAUUGGGCAAAGGACGUGGGACUAUGGCUGGCUGAUGGCCGGUACGGAGGCAGCGCCACGGGCAUCAACAACCGCGCUACGAGCCAGCUCGUCGUCAGCUUUGGCUCCGUCGACGCGGAAACGAGGGCCGAAAAGUCGAUGGGUGCUUCCGCAGAGAGCCCUAUCAGUUCUUUCACGCCUCUCUAUCCUGCGUCGUCCAGCCUAGGCGGCAGCGAUCGCUCAUCACCGUCCAAGGAUCUCGAUCUUACCAUUGUCGCCCACACGCCGCCCUACCCGACACAAGCUACGAGCGCUCGCGUCCCCCUAAGGCUCAGGUUGGUUGGCCCACACGUCGAUCCCAUGGUCGAGACUCUUUCCGUAGGAGUCGAUUUGGGCAUCUUUCAUUAUUGGCAUGUCUCCCCGAGGAGCUCGCUCAAGCGGCAAGCAGAGGAUAGUGGAACCGAGCCUGCGCUGCGAAGGCCGGCCUCUUUUCCUGCCUUGAAUGCCAGUGGCGGCGCGGUAGGAGGAGGCUCAGCGGGCGGUCGAAUUCCCCCGCAGCCAAGCUUGGGCCCACGAUCGCAGACAUACGGGCGCGCAGGAGGAUCAGCUGGCGCACUUGGCCUGCAGCACCAGCGCAUGGGCAGCCAAACAUCAGGUCCGCGUGAGGCCAGCAGCUCGUCGUCGGCCUUUGGCUCAGCGGGAGGCGACUUCACCUUCUCCGCCCCAGGCUACGACCAGGAGCGCAGAGACAGCUGGACGCCGAUGCCACUGGCGGCACGGCCCUCGACAGCCACAUCGAGCUCCACCAUGGCCAUGUUCUCGCCAUCGCCAGCCAAUGCGCAACCUCAUGAGACUUUUCCGGGUGCUUCGUCAUCCGCUCCAGCGGCGGCAUCGGGCCAUCGACUCGCCGGUUCUACGCCUCCGCAGCUGGUACGCGCCUCGCAGGUUCCGCAUCCGGCAGGCAACGUUUCUAGUUUCUUCAUGCUACCUGAAGGUCCUUCUGGGUCGGACAAUACGACGACGCCGAUGGCCGAAGAAGCCUCAGGGGCCCACACACGCGCCACUCUGGCCGUCGAGGGCGAUCUGAACGACAUGGCCAUCGGUUGGUCCGAAGAGGAGUACCGAAAUGGCCGCCGGCUUGUACAAUUUUGGCGACGGCAGACGGGCAACGUUAUCCAGGCGGCCUUUCAGCCCGUUCGGGCGCAAGAGUAUCAGCCCAACACGAUUGCCGUCUCGUGCAUCUUUCGGGCAGACAAGAAUGAGUGCUUCAUCACGUCUGUCGACACAAUCUAUUUGCUCGAGGCCCUCGUCGAAAGCCGAUUUACCGUCGAGGAAAAGAAUCGAAUCAGGAGGAAUCUCGAGGGUCUGAGGCCAAUAACGAUCAGCAAGGGCAAGCGGGAGACCGAGGAGUUCUUCAAGCUCAUCAUGAGCUUCCCAGACCCAAAGCCAAGGCACAUUGAAAAGGACAUCAAGGUUUUCCCCUGGAGGGUUCUUGGAUCUGCUCUUCACAAGAUCAUUAGCAAAUACAGGGCAGUGUAUUCGAAUCCGGGAACUACAACAGGUGGCUAUCCUGCGCCUCCUCCCUCUGCUCCUGCUCAGCAAGCAGCAGGCGCUUAUCCGCACCAAUGGCACCAACAGCAGCAGCAGCAUCAUCAACAACAACAGCAGCAGCAGCAGCAGCAGCAGCACGCCUCCAUGAUGGGGAGGGGGGUGCCCGCGAUGCUGUCGAGGCACGAACACUCGGACAGUAGCGACUCGUCCAAAUCGCUCCCCACUCCUCCGACGAUGCUCGACUCCAGGUUGCCGGUCGAGAUGCAUCAGCAAUACCACCAUCACCAGCAGCAUCAGCAGAUGCAACCACCCGCUCACGACCACUCGCAUCACCUCUCCGCCAUGCCGCAGCAGCAGCGUCAGCUCCCGCAUCCUCAUGCCUCAUCGGCCAUGGGUCUCGACGUUGGCAGUGGACCUUCCUCUGCACCGCCUGCCACCAACAGUCAUGGAGCGCCCCUGAUUGGUCCGUUCAGCCAAGAGCAACAACAACAGCAGCCGCAGCAUCAACAGCAUCAGCACUAUAGCAACUCACUACAACAAAGUCCCUCGAACAGGAGAAAUGCCACCGCAGGAGGAGGAGGAGGAGGAGGAGGAGGAGGAGGAGGAGGAGGAGGAGGAGGGCUCAAUCCGUCCUCUUUCAACUUCAAUUUCUCCGAUUUUGUCGUCUCUCCCGUUGCAUUUGGACACACGCCUCUGCAACAGGCCCAGGCUCAGGCCAUGCAACAACAGCAGGCACAGUCGGGACAACAGCAACAACAGCAACAACAACAACAACAACAACAACAACAGCAGCAACAGCAACAGCAACAGCAGCAGCAAGAUGCUGGUGCGGAAGCAGACCUCGGCAACAGCAACGCUGGAGGAGGUGGUGGUGGUGGCAGUCUAGGCGUCGAGCUUGGCGAAGCGAGGAGAUCGCAGUCGUAUCGCAUGUAA